UUGUUAAAGUGUAGGUUCAAGCAAACAGACAUCAUGAAACUUACAUUAUUUUUGGCCGUCUUUUUAGCGGUGUUCAGCAUUGUCUUUUCUGAAGCCGAAGAGGCUGUGCUACGUGGAAGAGGCCAUUGUUACCAUAAGAAAACAGGUCCCAUGAGAAAAGGAGAAGUGAAACAAAUAAGGAAUAAAUGUAUUAAGGCUAGUUGCAAUGCUAGAGGAACCGUAAGGCUACUCAUGUGCGGAACAGUGAAUGGCAAGCGAGUGAAACCAGACUAUUCUAAACCCUAUCCGGAAUGUUGCAAUCUACCCUGGCUAAGUGAGGAAGAUGAAGAUUAGGUACCUAUAUGUAAUUGUAUAAAUAUCUGAGGCAUUAAAAAUUCUCUACCUGAAACCUGGUUAU